CUCUACCUCUGUUGGUGUACUUUGAAUUGAAAUGAACGAACAGAUAAGGCAAACAAAAGGUCACUCUGCCUCAGCAGUUUCAUCUCCACUCUCUUUUGUAGUUUCAAACAAUCUCACAAUUCAAAAAUGUUAGCAAAUUCUUUAUCUUCCUUAACUCAUUCUUGCCCACAUUCUUAUACACUUCCAUCUUCACAUUCAAAGAACUGCAAGCUUCUACUAUCUACUUCUGCUUUGUCUCGUUUUAAAACUUUCAAGGCUUUUCCUUCUUUACACCAUCUUCUUCCAAGAAAUUUCCAUGGCAAAAACUUCAAUUUUAGAGCUAUGUCUGAAACCCAUGUUUCUGACCAGUAUACCCAUGAUUCCCUUCAACCUUACUCUGUUAAAAUCCCAUUUGGUGAUAGACAUAUCUUGGUCGAAACAGGUCAUAUUGGGAGACAAGCUAGUGGUGCUGUUACCGUGACAGAUGGCGAAACGAUUGUCUACACUACUGUUUGUAUGGCUGAUAUACCUAGUGAGCCAUCUGAUUUUUUCCCCCUUUCUGUAAAUUAUCAAGAGCGGUUUUCAGCAGCUGGUCGUACAAGUGGCGGUUUUUUCAAACGUGAAGGGAGACCGAAGGAUCAUGAGGUUCUAGUUUGUAGACUGAUUGAUAGGCCUUUGCGUCCUACUAUGGUUAAGGGCUUCUACCAUGAAACUCAGGUCUUAUCUUGGGUUUUGAGUUAUGAUGGGUUGCAUCCUCCUGAUGCUUUGGCGAUCACAGCAGCUGGAAUAGCAGUAGCUCUGUCAGAAUUACCACAUACAAAGACAAUUGCUGGAGUACGUGUUGGUCUUGUUGGUGGGAAGUAUAUUGUAAACCCUACAACUAAUGAGAUAGAAGAUUCAGAGUUGGAUUUGGUAGUAGCAGGCACAGAUAGUGCUAUCCUAAUGAUAGAGGGUUAUUGCAAUUUUCUCCCAGAAGAAAAGGUGCUGGAAGCUGUAGAAGUUGGACAGGAAGCAGUGCGGGCUAUAUGCAAGGAAAUAAAUGCUCUGGUUGAAAGGUGUGGGAAACCUAAAAUGCUUGAUGCUAUAAAAUUGCCACCUCCAGAACUGUACAAGCAUGUUGAGGAAAUUGCUGGAGAUGAAUUGGUACAUGCACUGCAAAUAAAGAAAAAAUUACCCAGAAGGAAGGCCCUUGUGUCGUUGGAAGAGAAAGUUGUAGAUAUUCUUACUCAGAGGGGCUAUGUUGGAAAGAUUGGGGCUUCUGUAACUGCUGAAACUCUGCCAGAUUUGUAUGUGGAUGAGGAGGAAGAUGAGGAAGUGGUUGUUGAUGGUGAAGUUGAUGAAGGUGAUGUUCAUAUAAAGCCAUCUCCGAGAGUUUCCACUCCCUUGUUGUUCUCUGAGGUAGAUGUGAAGCUGGUUUUUAAAGAAACUACAUCAAAAUACCUGCGAAAACGUAUUGUUGAGGGAGGACGAAGAAGUGAUGGGAGAACUUCUGAAGAGAUACGUCCUAUCAAUUCUAGAUGUGGGUUGCUUCCUAGAGCUCAUGGAAGUGCUCUUUUCACGCGAGGAGAGACACAGGCUGUGGCAGUUGUGACCCUCGGUGACAAACAAAUGGCACAAAGAAUAGACAGUCUAGAAGGUGAUGAUGAAUCAAAGAGAUUUUACCUUCAGUACUCUUUUCCCCCAUCAUGUGUUGGAGAAGCUGGACGAGUAGGAGCUCCUAGUAGGAGAGAAAUUGGUCAUGGAACACUUGCAGAGAGAGCUCUCGAACCUAUCCUACCCUCAGAUGGUGAAUUUCCAUAUACAAUACGUGUUGAGAGUAAUAUCACUGAGAGCAAUGGUUCUUCAAGCAUGGCGUCUGUUUGUGGCGGAUCUUUGGCACUACAAGACGCUGGGGUUCCAGUAAAGUGUCCAAUCGCAGGGAUUGCUAUGGGCAUGGUUUUAGAUACAAAAGAAUUUGGAGGUGAUGGAACUCCCCUCAUUUUAUCAGACAUAACAGGAUCUGAAGAUGCCUCUGGAGAUAUGGACUUCAAGGUUGCAGGAAAUGAUGAUUGCAUUACAGCAUUCCAAAUGGACAUAAAGGUUGGAGGCAUAUCAUUACCUGUUAUGAAACAGGCACUUCUGCAGGCUAGAGAUGGGCGGAAGGUUAUUCUAGCUGAGAUGUCAAAAUGCUUGCCACCUCCAUCAAAACAGCUUUCUAGAUAUGCUCCACUAAUCCAUGUCAUGAGAGUGAGGCCAGAGAAGGUUAAUCUUAUCAUUGGUAGUGGAGGAAAAACAGUGAGGAACAUUAUUGAAGAAACUGGAGUUGAAACAAUUGACACACAAGAUGAUGGAACAGUAAAAAUUACUGCAAAGGACUUGGAGAGCCUUGAGAAAUCUAAGGUCAUGAUCGGUAAUUUGACAAUGGUUCCCACCAUUGGGGAUAUUUACAGGAAUCGGGAAAUCAAAUCAAUUGCUCCUUAUGGUGUUUUUGUUGAGAUCGCUCCUGGACGUGAGGGGCUUUGCCACAUAAGUGAAUUGAGUCCCAGUUAUCUCGCUAAAGCUGAAGAUGCAUUUAAAGUUGGAGAUCGGGUUGAUGUCAAACUUAUUGAGGUGAAUGAGAAAGGGCAGCUUCGCCUUAGUCGCCGUGCUUUAAUUCCUGAUACGGAUCCAUUGGUACCAAGCACAAAGGUGCGACCUACUACUGUACCCAAAGAAAGUUCUGGCUCUCAAGAUUCUGCUGCCAAGAGUGCUCCUAAGAAUGUUGAACUGACAAAAGUCAAAGUAAAUGCUUCAAAGCCCACGUCAAAGGAAAAAACACAGGAUGUUUACCCUCCUGGGAAGGUUGUCAAAGAUGCUCCAUACAUCAACAAAGAUAGGCUUAAGAAGGCCAACAAAGCUAUGAGCAAUGAUAGUGAUAGCACUGUGGUAAAUAAUGAGGCUAAAAUUGGAUAGUUGAAUAAUACGACAGUCUACAUUCAUCUUCAAACAAUCCCUUGCUCAUAACACAAAUCAAAACUCAAGCAUUGUGCUAACUAGAGGUAAGCAGGAAUCAUUUACCAAGUACAUUAUUUUCUUCCCAUAAAUUUUUGGCAGUACGUACCUCUUUGCAAUGGAGUCUGCAGCUUAAACGAGCUGGAUUUCUUACCUCUAAAGCCACAACUUAUGGAUGGGACGAGGAUCUCAAUUGUGGCAAAAAGAACAGUGGAUGCAGCUUACUGCAUCAGCAAGACUGAGAUCUGAGGUUGAACACAAAUUCUUGCACCUGCAUGCCAGCUUUGAAGUUGGUAAUUGACUACAAAGAUUGUCUAAUAGAUUUUCUUUUUCUCUGUAGCCCUUACCGUAUCAAUUUUCCGCUAUUUUAAUUUCACUUCAGCCUUUUGCAAUUUUUUUUUUUUUACUUUAUUUUAUAUUUUUAUUAUUAUAUUUUUUUAAAAAAAAUUUCAGCCAUUUGCAAAAGUGGCUUGAACUUUUAUUGAUCUAUUUGUGGAAUAUUGUAUAUAAAUUCAAAUUUAAUCACCAUCAGUUAAUUAAUUAUAUGAAUAAGUCUUGUGUG